AUGGCAAGCCGACAAUACUCAGACUGGUUAUCGGAUCCAAUAUCGACCACACAUGGAAGUCAGUCAUCAGUCGAACCCAUUGUCUGGGCAGAUAAUGAUGAUAAUGAGGGAAUUGAUCAAAAUAAGACAUCCAUUGCGUGGUGUUUCAAAUGCUGUAUUAUUGGAUCAUUACUCGCUGGAAUAGGUUUAGCUAUUGUACUCACAUUCUGGUUGACCUCAAAAACAACUGCAACAGAAACAUUAACCUGGAUAACAGUAACAACGACAACAGCGACAACAGCAACAACAACAACGUCAACAGCAACGACAUCAACAACAUCAGAAACAACAUCAACAACAUCAUCAACGUCAUCAACAUCAACUACAUCAACAACAUCAACAUCAGCAACGUCAACAACAUCAACAACGGCAACAACAUCGACAACAUCAACAACAUCAUCAACGUCAUCAACAUCAACUACAUCGACAACAUCGACAACAUCAACAACAUCAACAGCAACAUCAUCAACAUCAACAACGACAACAACAACGACAACAACAGCACCAAUAUGCGGCACUUUUCCUAGCAAUCCACUAGGACAGAUUUUGAGUUAUUUCACUAGAUAUGGUUCAAGUUUCCCGCUCAUGACAUAUACAAAAUACACUUCUAAUUUCACGGCAAGUAGUACCUUAGCAACUCUAUCAUUUAUUAUAAUGGGUGAGGGUGGAAAUGGUGCCGCCCACUACUGGCUAUUAGACGACGUAAUUGUCAAUCAUACAAACGCAAAUGCAAAUGUUCUUACUAAUGGUGAUUUUGAAACAGGAGAUUUAAGUGGUUGGACACAGUAUUGUAACACGACUACCAAUUGUGAUGGUAAAUCAGCUGGUAAUUAUGCACACACGACAACAAGUCCGUGUUAUUCAGGAUCAUACUGUGUUUACGAUUCAUGUUUAAAUACUGACUAUCUGGAACAAUCGUUUUCUACUGUAGUUGGAGACUAUUAUAUAAUAUCAUAUUAUCUCAGAAAUGGUAAUACUGAUACAGGACCUAUAGAAAUGUAUGUUACAUUAACUUAA